AUGUCAACGUCGCGAUUCGUCUCCGCGGGCACCGUUGAUCGGCCAAGCGACAAGGAAGACGCAUGGAAAAAGGCUCAGGAGGCGGUUGAGGCCACCAAGAGACAGAAGGAGGACGCGGUCGCAGGCAGCGGCUUGCAAGAGGGCGGAAAGACGCUCUACGAAGUGUUGCAAGCCAACAAAGCUGCGAAGCAAGAGGCUUUUGAAGAAUCACUUCGCCUAAAAACCCAAGCCCAGUUUCUGAACGAAGAAGAUGCCGAGUAUCUUGAAUCACUUUCGAAGAACGAACGCGCACAGAAAGCUGCGUCUGAAAAAAGAGCACGCGAGCAGUUGGAAGAGUUUCGCAAGCAACAAGAGGUUGCAGAGAGACAAGCGUUAGCUAGCAGCCAAUUUGGAACGUUGCCCAUCGAGACGGAAGCAUGGUCUAUCAGUGCUAAGAAGCGCAGAAGAGGCAAAGAGCAGGAUUUCAUCAAGGGUGUGAAGCUUCGGAAAACCUCUACUUCCCACGAAAAAGAAGCAGAAGCUGGAUCCAAAGCUGUGGUUUCAAAGCCUGGCAGUGACAUGACGGCAGCAGCUGUACCUGAGAAGAAAGAGUUGAAGGAUACAAAAGCGCCAUCACAACAAGGAAGAGGAGGAAGCCCUGCUCAGGAAAACCCUGCUCCUAUAUUGCUUGGGCUGGGCUUGAGUGCAUACUCUUCGGAUGAAGACGACUGA